AUGGAUUCAGACGACGAGCUGGAUGAGAACUCGCAUUACUUGGUCCAUGUCCCUCUCGAGGCCCAACAAGGCCGUACUGUGCUCCCGGCUCCUAUCGCAAAGGCCGUCAGUCUCGCCACCCGCUCGACAUGUCUUGCUAUCCGCGUCGGCACCCUCCUCAGCUCAUACGGCUUCGAUGCCGCCAAGUUCACUACCCUCUCCAGUCUAGAGCUGGGUCGCGGUCUGCUUGAGGGUAUACUCAGCAGAGCCGGGAAGGACAUGCUCACCCGGUCCAACAGUGAUUUGGCCAGGGCCGAUGCCGAGACCGUCUUGGAGAGAAGCUUGGAGCAUCUACACCAUGCCAUGUCCCAGAUCGUCUUCUGGACAACUACCGGCUUCCAGAUGACGGGGACCACCUUCUCUGUCGUGUCCGAGAUAUCCCAACUCUUGCUGUCGUCUCUCGACCAGUUCUUCGGCUCUACCGACUCGUCACGUGCCAUCGCGAGCAUCAUCACUCUGAUCCGCCGCGAAUUCCAGAACCCGGCAACUGGAGUCGAGGGCGAGCGCGUCGGUGUUGUCGAUCUCGUCAUGGGCUUGUGCGCCUUGGCAUAUCUGCAGCGGAAGUGCCGCCGCUUUCUUGAGGAGGAGACUAGGCGCCUGGGUUUCGAAGAGAUCGUGUGGGACGUGGUCGUGCUCAACGAUGGCGAGCGAGUGGAUGUCCACGAGGACAGUCUGUACGGCGUACACAAGGGUCGCUACAAGAGCAAGGGUCCGGAUAUCUUGGUGUCGAUGCCGGGUGAGCAGCCCAGCCCCAACGUCUUGGCCGCUAUCGAGCGUCACGGAGGCCAUGACACCAGCGACGACGAGGACGACGACGACAUGCCGGAGAUCCGCCUCAAGAACCAGAUCAUGCGUUCUCUACCCUCGGACACGAGCGUUUCCAUAUCCACGACGACGCUGACGCGCAAGAUGAUCACUGUCGACUUCACAGGCCCUGAGCCUCCCGCUGUCACGCCGCCUCCGGGAGUCGAAGUCGUCGAGCGCGAGGUCCUGCCCUCUACGGAGCACCAAAACGAUCAACUGGCGCGCCAAAGCUCCAGUCUUGCCGACAACCCGACAUAUCGUGUGGUUUAUCGGGUGGACAAGAGCAAGCAGCGAAGCACUACAUUCCGAGGCCUCGAAGAGCCGGAUCAUUACACGGGCAAGGUGGAAUCACUGGAAGACACCGAAGAGUCUGACGAUCACGGCCGGGACUUCGACUUCGACGAGCUUCCUCCGCCAGUGCCCCCCAAGUCGGCGCCGCCACGGAGUGUCCCCUCCGCAUCGGCACAAGAGACGACGCCAAACCCGACGCCGCGACGCACGAAGACGGGCCCUGGGUUUCCCUCGCCGACAUCCACCAGUCCUCGAGCCUCGCAGAUCCCUACCCCCAAGCAGAACCCCGAGAAUGCCCCUAAUCAAAAGCGACAGCGUGCACCCCUUGCGCCCUUGCCCGUGAAACCUCGGCAAGAAACUACAGUCACGUCUCAUUCGGAGAACAAGUCGUUUUCCAGGAGGCCCAAACCCGAGUCUGCGUCCACUGGCAAGGCGGUCGAUAAGACUACCGAGAAGAAGGGCGGCAUCAGGCAAGCGUUGAAAAGGGGGACCACGUCCAACAUUUCAAACUUGUUCAGUCGAGAUGGGCCCGGUCCCGGAAACUCGCACUCGGCCGGGAAAGUGAAGCAGACGCCCAAACCCACACCGCCAGAACGGACGACGCGGAGCACGAACCAGCCAAGUCGUCAGUCGCAGAGCAGGGCCAUGGGGCCGACUGCAUCCUCCAACUCGCGAGGCCGCAACUACGACGUACCUUCGCCUGUCCCACGCAGCUCGUCUCGGGCUAGCUACAUCUCCGUGCAUGAGCGUCGCCGUGACUCAGUGGUCUCUCAAACAGAUACAUAUUCGUUCCACGCAUUUGACGGAUACCGACCUCACUCCCCGGGCUAUGGUCGCCGGGACGGUCAGGGCCAGGGCGGUAUACCCAAGUCGAGAUCCGAAAGGGACAUUGUGGACCAGAAACCCUCGUCGCCCAUGAAAUCCCGCAGGGCCCGCUCGCAUGUGAACACGCCGAGUCUGUACAGCAUUGCGACAACAGGUUCGCAGACGUCGCUGGUGCUGUCUUCAUACUACCAGAAGAGUGCCUACACGGAUUCUCAAGCCAUAGACACCUUGAGGAGAGCAGGAACCGUCGACGGAGUCUUCCCCGCCUUCCACCUCCUGCGCAACGUCACCCGUUACAUGCGGUUUUCUUCGGCGUCAUACGGAUCCAACUUCCUCAAAUUCAUGGGCAUCUCCAAGGAGAUGCCUCUCUUGAGGGCCUUGGACGACACCCACCACGAAAUCCGCUCGUUCGCCCACCAUACCGAAUCCGAGGCUACGAGUAUCCUCCUCGCUUCCUUCGUCGACCCCCAGGGAGGUUCCGACACCACCGGCUCCACGGGAACUGGUGUCCCGUUGGUCCACUACGUCUCCUUGGAUCACGAGUCCAAAGCAGUCGUCCUGGCGUGUCGCGGAACCCUCGGAUUUGAAGACGUCCUGGCGGACAUGGCCUGCGACUAUGAUAACCUGUACUGGCGAGGCAAGUCAUACAAGGUGCACAAGGGGAUUCACGCGUCUGCCCGCCGUUUGUUGUACGGGGGUGAUGGUCGUGUUUUGUACACGCUGAAGGAGGCUCUGGAUGAAUUCAGCGACUAUGGCCUGGUCCUCUGCGGUCAUUCACUGGGCGGCGGCGUCACUGCUCUGUUGGGCACGAUGCUUGCAGAGCCCUCGUCCACCGGCACGGGAUUCGUCACUUCAUCAGAGCCUCACCGUCGUCUUCUAGGGGACAGCAGUUUUCUGGAGACGGACACAACGCACAUAUGCCUGCCGUCAGGCCGUCCCAUCCAUGUUUACGCGUACGGACCGCCGGGAACCAUGUCGCCGUCCCUGCGCAGGGCGACACGGGGCCUCGUCACGAGUGUUGUCCACGGCAGCGACUUGGUCCCCUUCCUGUCCUUGGGUGUCCUGCACGACUUCCAGGCAGUCGCCCUCGCUUUCAAGAGCGACAACCACGAGGCAAAGGGCGAGGUGAGGCAGCGGAUCUGGCAGGCUUUCCAGUCCGGCCUAGUGGACAAGUGGUACACAAACAGCAGCAGGUCGAGUUCGGCCGAAGAAGACAAAUGGAGCGUGUCUGCGCUGACGACGCUGCGGUCCAACAUGAUGAGCAUGAAGCUCCUUCCGCCCGGAGAAGUCUUUCUCGUUGAAAGCACACGUGUAUUGAGACGUGACGCGUUCCUCUUGUCUGGGGAGGAAGAUAUUGGGCGACCGGCCCGGAGAAUUGUCCUGAAGUAUGUGAGGGAUGUCGAAUCUCGGUUCAGGGAGGUCCGAUUCGGCACAAGCAUGCUCAUCGACCACAGCCCCGCGAAGUAUGAGGAAGCACUGAACAAGCUGCGUUUUGGAGUUGUCGAUGCGGUUUGA